GAAACCUUAUAGCGACGCAAUGAGAAGGAGAUUCGCCUUCUCGGAAACCAAGGAAAUGCUUUGCCUCAUUUGAACGAGGAUAUCCCGCAAGACAAUGGCAUCUCCGAAAGCUAUUUCGGAUGGUGAACGCUCAGAAAAUGAUGGUGAGAAAUGUCCAAAAUUACAGUCUUCUUCGCCAAGUUGGGGAAAAGAAGCCAAAAAUGGCGACCAUUUGUGGUGUCGUACUUCUGCUUCCGGAGAUCUUUGCCAUGUGUCAAACGAUAUGUGUGCAGACAGAGGUCCGAGACUGAAGUGCAGCUCCUGCAAAAUACUCGUCCAUGCAGAGUGCCUUAACAUCCUACUGGGACCAAUGAGAGUGUUAUGCCGCAUGACUUUUCAAGAUGCCGAAAUUGGAUCCUACAGAGAGAACACAGUCAUUCGUCACCAUUGGGUUGCUGCACGAAAUCCCAAAGGUCGUUGUCGCACCUGCUCAAAGACUUUUGGUGGAAAAGUAGCCAGUCUCUUAAACGACUCAGUAGCCAUGAACUGCUCCUGGUGCAAGCAAGUCUGCCAUGGCAAGGAAUCCUGUUUUGGAGUAACCAAGUCCAGUACCGAGAAUUGCCUUUUGGGAGAACAUGCCAAUCUCAUAGUUCCACCGACAUGGAUAGUCAAACUUCCGGAGACCGAGAAUUCGAAGCAAGCGUUUGCAGUCAAGCCCAUCCCCUCUUCCAGUUCAAAGCCGCUGCUGGUCUUCAUCAAUCCCAAAAGUGGGGGCAACCAAGGCGCAAAACUCCUGAGGACAUUCCAGUGGCUUCUCAAUCCGAGACAAGUUUUCGAUCUUACGGAAGGAGGGCCAGCCGUAGGAUUGGAGCUGUACAAAAGGGUACCAAAUUUGAGAAUCCUGGCCUGUGGAGGGGACGGCACAGUAGGCUGGAUUCUGUCAGUACUGGACGACCUAAAAGUGUCCCCUCCACCACCCGUAGCAGUGCUGCCACUGGGGACUGGGAAUGACCUCGCCAGAUCUCUUGGUUGGGGAGGAGGAUACACCGACGAGCCACUUUCAAAGAUAUUGACGAAUGUAGAAGAAGGAGAAACUACAAAAUUAGACAGAUGGAUCCUUCGUCUCAUACCUAAUCCUGAUGUUGACUUCAAAAUCAUGGAGGAAGGGCGUCAGGACUUGCCACUCAACGUCGUCAACAAUUACUUUUCGCUAGGAGUGGACGCGAGGAUAGCUCUCGACUUUCAUGAGGCCAGAGAGGCCAGGCCAAGUAAAUUCAACAGUCGGUUUCGAAACAAGAUGUUCUACGGACAAGCUGGGGGAAAAGAUCUCAUACAAAGGAAAUGGAAGGACUUGUGCAGCUACAUCACGCUGGAAUGUGACGGUCAAGAUAUGACGGGAAAACUGAGGGACAUGAAAGUACACUCCAUACUGUUUCUUAACAUUUCUAGCUAUGGGGGUGGAACGAAACCAUGGGGUGCUUCGGGCAUGCCUCAAUUCCAAACUCCGGCCACUGAUGACGGUUUGAUAGAAGUCAUAGGGCUCACUACAUAUCAGUUGCCACUGCUGCAGGCUGGUGGUCAUGGCAACCCCAUUGCUCAGUGCAAGAGGGCCAGGUUGGUAACCUCGUGUACCAUUCCAGUCCAGGUCGAUGGAGAACCUUGCCGGCUCAUGCCUUCCGUCAUCAACAUAGAGCUUCUCAACACCGUCAACAUGAUUGCCAGAACAAAAAGGCAUGGAAUUUCUUCAAAGAAGGAGAAUGUCGAAAAAAUCAACUUACCAUUGAAGCUUCUGACGUUUCAAAGCUACGAGAGCGAACAUCAUCGAAAGGAAGUUCUUGAAAAGGAAGCUGUGGUCCUAGGCAGCGUGAGCAUUAGUUACAACACAGACCUGUCCGAGAUUCGUCCACAAAUCUGCAAACUCCUUCAAGAAAAAGAAAACAAAACGAACCAAAAGGAACAGGACGCAGCUCCUGAACUGCAAGAAGAUGGAAUUUCGAAGAUGCAAGAGUGGUGGUUCUUGGACUCCUGCAGCGGGGAGAAGUUUUUCCGAAUCGAUGAUGCUCAAGAGCAUCUCUACUACGUGAAUGACAUUUGCGAUCAAGAAUUAUACAUCGUGGAGGAUGACGUCAGAAGGGAGGAGCCAAGCGCCGAUGACGUCACUCGGGAUUCGGCCCCCGCAAGUCACGAACCACUCAACGGGUUGUCUUCAAACAACCUCGACAAUCAGAACAAUUCUCAUAACCACAUAAAUGAGGAUGAGUUAGAUUUGAUUGGUGCUGCCAAAAUGGGAAAUUUAGAGCAGGUGGCUCGACUGCACUCUCAAGGCCACAGCUUAAUGCAAAAGGACCACGAGGGGCGGACAGCUCUCCACCACGCCGCUUUCAUCGGAAACGUGGGGGUGGUGCGUUAUCUUGCUGCAUACGCUCCCAUUUCUGUUCUUGAUGCUCAAGACGAAAUCAUGUUUCACACAGCACUUCAUCGAGCGGCGACUAGAAUGGACAAAGUAGUCUGCUCUAUCCUGGUGAGCGCUGGAGCCUCGUUGGACAUCAAAGACAAACAGGGAUACACGGCUCAGCAGUUAGCCGAAAUCGUUGGAGACAAAGUGCUGGCAAAUUACUUAGAAAGUGCGAGUAAUCCUGUCAUCAUCUGAGGACAAGCCUUUGAAGCAUUCCUACAUCAAUACAGUCAUCGAUAUUUUUGCAUUAGAACAUUUUAGAAAACCAAACAGGCUAUCAAACAUUGCUGAAAUCGUCUGUUCUUGCAGGAUUAAGGAGAUUUUUUAAAUAACUGAAGUGCCAUUGUAAACUGCAACCGACUUUUUAGGAUAUUACUUUUUACUUAAUAAAAGACACUUGAA